AUGGAAUCCAGUAUCUCCAAAUCAGUCACGGCUGAAAAAGACUAUCUUGAGGCAUCUUGCUCUUGUGGUAACAUUAAAUUCCACAUUACUCGCCCCAAUGAAGCGAGCGCCAGACCGAGACGCAACUACCCAGACCUGAUGUUCCCAGACAAGACUACCGAUAAUUCAAUAAAGAGAAAUGUGGCUGAUGAGAAGUGGUGGAUUCAAGGCAACGGAACCAAAUACCUCGCUGGAACAUGUGCCUGUCGAUCAUGCCGCCUAAUGUCAGGGUUUGAAGUGCAAACAUGGGCCUUCGUUCCUCGAGCCAACAUCUUCUUCCACAUUUCUGGUCCUGAAGGGGGAAAUUCCACUGUCCCGCUCGACUUUAACACUCUGCCUAGUGGCGUUUUGACAAGUUUCACCUCAUCACCUAAUGUGAGCCGGGAGUUUUGCGGAACUUGCGGCGCCACCGUGUUCUGGCAUGAGAAAUCCCCUGAUGAAGUUGUUGACGUCAGUGUCGGACUUUUGAAAGAUCCCGAGGGAGCCAGAGCUGAGAAGUGGCUGGAGUGGUGGCAGGGACGCGUUAGUUUUGCUGAGGAGGUUGGUACUGGGAGGACCGGGCUGGAGGCUAAGGUGGCUUCUUUAUUGAUAUGCGAACUGGAACAAGGAAUGAAGCAUAGAGAAAAGUGUAACUAA